AUGAAAACCAACAGUGUUCAUUCAAUCAUUGUUGAUAAAUAACCUAAAUACUCUCAUAUCUUAAAUGCCCAACUCUUCAGUGGUUAUCUAGUCCGCGGAAAGGAUCACUCCAAAAAACUCUCGAAUUAACUAAGCCCAUCAGAUGAUUAAAAAUUAUCAAGCAAUUUAUCAACAUCUUAGAGUUAUGUGAAUGCUAUGAAAGCAUUGCAAGACAAAAUCAAAUCCUUAGAAACUGAAAACUAAAAUCUACAAACCUAGAUUAAUUCUCAUGAAUUUAUUAAAUCAAGCGAGAUAUAGGAAAGAUAAGUAAGUUCUCAUGGCAAAUUAAGUGAGAACCAAUAAAUUAGAGAUGUUGAGUAAAAGUUAGCUGAGAUAGAAAUUGAAAAAGACUCAAUGAAAGAAGAGUAUGAAUAAAAAAUUUAAUAAUUACAACAAAAUUUAAUUAACAUCGCUUUAUAAUCAGACUAAAGAUAUAGAGAAUAAUAAGAAACUAUACAGUAGUUGUAAUUCAUUUAUCUAUUCACUCAUAGAUCAGACUAGUUGGAAUUGCAAUUGGAAAGCAAUUAAAACUAUAGAAAUAAAAUUAACUCUCAAAACCAAGCAAUUUAGUAGGAGAAAUAAAAUAAUAGCAAUCUUGAAUACAUUUUAGAUUAGGAGAGGAGAGAUGGCAAAUGUUUAAUUGAAAAGAAUGAGCGGUUGUUGGACGAAGUCAGUAAAUUAAAAGAGCAACUAUUUGAAAUACGAACUUAUAUGAAUUGCUAUACAACAUAAUACGAUGAAGCGAAAAUCUAGAGAUUGCAAGAAGAAACAACUAAAUAUCAAAUCUAGAUCUAAGAAUUGACUGGAUAGGUGGAAUAAUAUAAGGAGCUCAAUUUAAAGUUGAAAUUAGAGUUAGAACAUUUAAAGUAUGAAUUGGAAAAAUCAGAAUUCAAAAGAGUUAAGAAAUUAUCAGAGUCUCACAUCUAAAUUGAUUUACUCAAGCAAUAAUUGAUUAAUUUGUCUUCCAAUUCCAUAAUUCAUACGUAAAGUCCUAGGGACACAUCGAAAAGGAGUAAAUUGAGUACGAAUAUCUUUAACAACAAGACUCAAAGUGUAAGGAAUUAUAGGAGGAUCAAUAAUGAUAGCAACAAAAAGAUAUUAGAUUAACCUCGCAAUUCGAUGUUUAAUAUUUAAUAAGAAUUGUUUAAAUAGCCAUAAAAUGAUUUAUAGAGUAGUGCAUUUAGUAGAUAAAAGACUUAAGAAUAUAAUUUUCUUACUCAGUAGAAGAGUGACGAUAGGUAUAAUAAAGGGAAUUCGGCAGAUGAACGCGUUUAAACAGAUUAAUUAAGUGCAAAUAAGCAAUAGAAAUACUUCCAAGCCUAAUAAAGAAUCCAUCAUUUAAAUGAAUAAUUGAAAAUACUUAAUAUGAAAUACGAGGACAUUGAAAAUGAGAUUUCAUAAUAGAUUGAUCUAAAGAUAAAAUAGGAAAAAAGAUAAACACUGCUUCAGAUAAUAAAUUAAAUACAAGAAAUUAAUAAAGAAUUGAAUGAUCUUGUAACUAUUUCCAAACUUGCUUAGCAAUUGUGA